AUGUCUGCCGACGCUGCUACUACUCCUGUCGCCGACAAUGCCGUCAAUGGCACUCCUGAGGCCGGCAGCGCCCCUGCUGCCUCCAGUGCUCCUUCCGAGGCCACAGCGGUUGAAAACACUUCUUCUACCCCCAACAAUAAUCAACCCCACUCGGCCUCGCUCUAUGUCGGUGAACUAGACCCCUCUGUGACCGAGGCAAUGCUCUACGAGUUGUUCUCCUCCAUUGGUCAAGUCGCUUCCAUCCGUGUUUGCCGCGACGCCGUUACCAGACGCUCUCUGGGUUACGCCUACGUCAACUACAACAACACCGCCGAUGGUGAGCGCGCUCUGGAGGAUCUGAACUACACCCUGAUCAAGGGCAAGCCCUGCCGUAUCAUGUGGUCUCAGCGUGACCCUGCUCUGCGAAAGACCGGCCAGGGCAAUGUCUUCAUCAAGAAUCUGGACAAUGCGAUCGACAACAAGGCCCUUCAUGACACCUUUGCCGCCUUCGGCAACAUUCUGAGCUGCAAGGUCGCCCAGGAUGAGUUCGGCAACUCCAAGGGAUACGGCUUCGUCCACUACGAGACCGCUGAGGCUGCCAACAAUGCUAUCAAGCACGUCAACGGCAUGCUGCUGAACGACAAGAAGGUGUUCGUCGGCCACCAUAUCUCCAAGAAGGAUCGCCAGAGCAAGUUCGAGGAGAUGAAGGCCAACUUCACCAACGUCUACAUCAAAAAUAUUGACCCUGACGUUACCGAUGACGAGUUCCGUAAGCUCUUCGAGAAGUACGGUGAGAUUACCUCGGCCACCCUAAGCCGUGACCCGGACGGUAAGAGCCGUGGCUUCGGUUUCGUCAACUUCUCGACCCACGACAGCGCGCAGGCCGCCGUCGAGGAGAUGAACGACAAGGAUGUCCGCACCCAGAAACUCUACGUGGGCCGUGCCCAGAAGAAGCACGAGCGUGAGGAGGAACUGCGGAAGCAGUACGAGGCUGCUCGUCUGGAGAAGGCCUCUAAGUACCAGGGUGUCAACCUCUACGUGAAGAACCUGACGGACGACAUUGAUGAUGAGAAGCUGCGGGAGCUGUUUGGCUCCUACGGCACCAUCACUUCCGCAAAGAUCAUGCGUGAUAGCAACAUUGAGCGUUCAUCCUCUCCCGAUUCCGAGAAGGAGAAGGAGGCCAACAAGGAGAACGAGAAGGCCGAGUCUUCCGAGGCCGAAAAGUCCGAGGAGAAGCCCAAGGAGGCCUCCGAGGAUAGCGAUAAGGACACCAAGAAGGGCGAGAAGAAGCUUCUUGGAAAGAGCAAGGGCUUCGGUUUUGUUUGCUUCAGCAGCCCCGAUGAAGCCUCCAAGGCCGUGACUGAGAUGAACCAGCGCAUGGUCAACGGCAAGCCUCUCUACGUGGCCCUCGCCCAGCGGAAGGAUGUUCGCAGAAGUCAGCUCGAGGCUAGCAUUCAGGCUCGCAACACUAUCAGGCAGCAGCAGGCCGCUGCCGCCGCUGGGAUGCCCCAGCCUUACAUGCAGCCCGCUGUUUUCUACGGUCCUGGUCAGCAGGGCUUUAUUCCCGGGGGCGGCCAGCGUGGUGGCAUGGCUUUCCCUCCCCAGCCCGGUAUGGUGAUGGCCGGCAUCCCAGGUGGACGCCCCGGUCAAUACCCUGGUCCUUUCCCUGGCCAGCAGGGCGGACGUGGCAUGGGUCCCAACCAACAGAUGCCCCCCAACUUCGCCCAGGGUAUCCCCAUGGGUAUGCAGGGCCCCGGUGGCCUGCCUAACGGUAUGGGUUACCCUCAGGCUAUGGCCCAGGUUCAAUUCGGACGUGGCGCUGGCGGUCGUGGCCAGGUCCCCGGCAUGCCCAACAUGGGUCAGGGAAUGCGUGGUCCUGGUUAUGGGCAGGGCCGUGGCAGUGUGCCCCUUCAGCAAGGUCAGAUGGGUCGCCCUGGCCAGGGUGGCCGUGGACAAAAUGCUUCUCAGCCCGCUGUUAGCCGUGGAGAGGAGGCUGUUUCCGGUAGCCUUAGCAACCAGGCUCUUGCUUCAGCUCCUCCCGCUCAGCAGAAGCAGAUGCUGGGUGAGGCCCUGUAUCCCAAGAUCCAAGCCCAGCAGCCUGAGUUGGCUGGCAAGAUUACUGGUAUGCUUUUGGAGAUGGACAAUACUGAACUGCUUAGCCUGCUUGACGACGAGGAGGCCCUGCGUGCCAAGGUUGAUGAGGCUUUGAGCGUUUAUGACGAGUACAUGAAGAACAAGGGUGGUGAGGGUGAGACGGCCGGAGAGCCUGGCAAGCCCAAGGAGGCUGCCAAGGAGACCUCUACUGAAGAAAACAAGUCGUAG